UUUCCCUCUGCCCUUUCGAGAAGACCCCGGAUGUGCAAUUUGAUGUGACAUCCCAGUAUAAUUCCAUAUUUGCGCAGUUGUCUUUCUCGACUGUUCUCGGCCGUGGGGUUUGCAGUAACUAAAUAUCCUAUUGAUCAUCCUUGUCAGCGGUGAAAGUUGGUUAAGAUCAAGAAGGAAGAAGGAACAGCAAUCAGACUUGCCCCGCCCUAGAUAGCCGGUUGUUGCCAGCCAAGUUAGGACUUUGGAAAUCCUGAGGGUCCAGUAUACCACAGUAAGGCGAGAUCAUCAAGUGCAGGCGAAAGGCCCUCCUCAGGUCAUGAGUGGUUUCCAAUCCUACCCAGUCCCCGAAGCCUUCAAGCUUCGCAAAGGCAAGAUUCUUGCGGAAUUAUCCAUCCCAGAUGCAGAGUAUACCGAUCUGUCACCGAAGGGGUCGGUAGACGAAGGUAUCCGGGAGCUGAUCGGUAACAUCAACACUCUACCCGGACUGGUGACAACUAGCAGUUGUGCAGGCAGAAUCAGUGUCUUCCUAGAGGGGAGGAAGAAGCAGCGUCAGCAACAGCAACCGUCAACGUUAGAAGUUCAACAGAGACAGUUCGUACCUUCAGGGGGGAAGGGAGCGGGAAAAUGGCUGUAUGUCUCCCAUGACCCAUUGCAGGAGUAUGGAGCCCAGCAAGGUGGGGAGGAAGACAACGACAACAACAAGCCGCUGCACCGUCUGUUCGGAAUGAUUCCUGGGGAUGGUAAACCGCCCAAAUUGACCGAGAAUGGCCAAGCUCCGCGUCUCGUGCGCUUCUCCUAUGAGCCGAUGAUCCUCCACAUCAUGGCCGCAACCCUCCACCAUGCUAACCCUGUCCUCUCCGCCGCCUCCAGCUCCGGUUUUCGCGAAAGCGGCCUCCAGAGUUUGCGCUGCCUAGACGCGGACGAAGCCGACGGUCCCAGCCCUAUAGUUGCCGUCCGCUCAGCCGGUAUGGCUCUGGAAUCGGUCAUCGGGUACUGUGAAGAGAAUGAUGACGAUGGUGACCACGACGAGGAGGAAGAGGGGCAGCGCGGCGAUUCCCACAACGAACCCAUCAUUCGCAGCCUGGUCACCGAGGAAUACCUGGCGAUGUUAGUCGCCAUUUCAAACGAACGGUUCGUCGUCAACUCAGAACGCAAGGAACGCUUCCGCGCGAGUCUGGUUGAGAUGUGUGCUACGAUUCACACCUCGGGGGCUGGUACUAAGGCUAGGGGGAAAGCGAAGCCCGUGGGCUGGGAGGAUCCUGCAGCGCGCAGGGAGAGGAUGCGGGCGGAGGGCUUACGGAAGAAGGAAGAGCAGCAGCAGGAACAGAAGAGCGAGCAGAGGGUGGGUGAAGAAGAGGCUGCUACGGUUAGCGAUUUCGACUAUUCAUUGGAGUUCAAUUCUGGGGCUGUUUGAGAGUACGGUAUCUUAAAAGCAAACAAAACAAAAGCAAACAAAACAAAAGCAAACGAAAAUCAAAAAGCAAAC